AUGUUGGAUAAAAUGAGGAAAAUGGGUUUUGUGCUGGACAUUUCUGUUUAUGGCGUGCUACUAGAAGAGUUGUGUAAGAAUAAGGAGAUAGAGAAAGCUAUGCAGCUGUACGAGGAUAUGAAUGAUUCGGGAAUCUGUCCUAAUAUUAAAAUACUUAUAUAUGACCUUAUAUCUUGCGUGCGUGAUGAAAGAGAUAUGAUUCGAAUAGUUGAGGAUAGGUACGAGAGUCUUGAUCUGAAAGCUAGGCUGAUUUUAUAUAUUUCUAUGCUGAAAGGACUAGAUAACAAUGGUUCAACUGAUAAGGCAUACCAUCUACUUUGUGCAUCAACGGGUCUUGAAUCUGCUGGUGAUUUUAAUGAGGGCAGUCUUUUUUUCAUGAAGGAACUUGCUUGUCCUGAUACCGUUUCUUUCAAAUUAGUUGUUGAUGGUUUGUGUUGGGCGGAUAGGUUGGAAACGGCUCUCGGAUUGUUUAGAGAUAUGGACCGUAUUAGUUGUAAAUGCAGUGUGCUACUUUACAAUAAUUUAAUUGAUUCUUUGAGCAGGUCCGGUAGAUUUGAUGAAUGUUUUGAGCUUUUGAAUGAGGUGAAACAAUCAGAAUUUCAGCCAACACAUUACACAUACAACUCAAUUUUUGGAUGUUUAUGUGAGCAAGGGGAUGAUAAAGGCACCCUUGCUAUGGUGAGGGAGAUGAGUGUGCAUGGUCAUCAACCUUGGAUAAAAUAUUACACACUAUUCAUGAAGAAACUUUGCAAAGAUGGGCGAGCAGCCAAAGCUUCUAACUUUCUUGCUGACAUGGUUCAAGAAGGAUUUCUCCCUGAUGUAGUUGGUUAUUCGGUGAAUCUCUAA